AUGGACCAUGAGUUCUCUAAGGCACAAUUAAAUCAUACUCUUUUCUUUCGACAUUCCUCUAGUGGCCAAAUUGUCAUCCUUAUCGUCUAUGUCGACGAUAUUAUACUCACAGAUAGUGAUAUGUCGGCCUUGGAAUCUCCUAAAAGGAUCCUCGGUGCAUCCUUUGAAAUGAAGGGCCUGGGGUUUUUCCUAUACUUCUUAGGCAUGGAAGCUGCUGGAUCCUCUCGGGGCUUUUGCCUUUCACGGCGCAGAUAUGUGAUUGACUUAUUUAUAGAGACCAACCCUCUACUUUGCAAACUGGUGGCUAUUCCAAUGGAUCUGAAUAAGAAAUUGGCUAAUAUUUCCAAAUUUGUUCCUGUGAACAAGACACACUACCAGCGUAUUGUGGGAAAACUCAUUUAUCUCACUCAUGCACACUCUGACAUAUGUCAUGUGGUGGAUAUUAUAAGUCAGUCUAUAUAUAACCCCUAUGAGCACCAUCUCAAAGUUGUUCACUGGAUCCUCCACUACUUACAAGGCACACUGAGCUCAGGUUUGUAG